CAAGGAUAAAUGGAUAAAUAAUUCAGAAAUAUCGAAAUCCGAUUAAUUCAUACAAUGAGUGCUGGAGCAUGGUAGUUGUGUUCAUGUUUGCACUCAAGCAAAACGAAUUAUUACUGGAGAAUUAUCUAAAAGAGCUACAAUGCCCUACGCUGUAGGUGCUCUAAGACACUCGAAAAAACAAGUCUGGUAAAAGAUCAUGAACAAACUCAAGAAUUUUCUGAAUGAUAAAGUUUCAAAAAUAUUAUCCGACACAGUCGAAAGCCAUAAAGAAGAAUUGUUGGAGAAGGUGGACUUACCAGAUGCACUCGAAUCUGCACUGAAUCUGCAAUCUGACGAUGAUGAAGAUGGAGAAUCCAGGAAUGAAAAAGCUAAAACCAUUCCUCUUGUAGAAGACGACUUCCUGAGUGAAGGGAAGAGAGUAGACUUCGUUUUGGUAGCAUUAAAAGGUUCUGGUAAGGACGAGGAAGAAGAAGAAGAGAAUGAGAGAAAGAGAAGAUGUUUUGAGAAGAAUCUUCACGAUAGUGGGUUGUUGCUGCAACAUGUCCUGCCGACAAUGCCUAACGAGCAAGAGUGGGCGGGAUAUGUAGAGAGUCUUGGAGGCUCCAUUUAUAAGGCAGCGAAAGAAAGAAACAUCAAAGCACUUGGGAGUGGUCUUCUAGAAAUGUUGGGCAAAGCUACCAAACGUUUAAGAAAUGUGUUUACUAAAAGGGUGGAAGAGGCGACAGGGUUUGACAACCAAUUACAGAUGGAGGACGAUGAGGAAGAGAAAAAAUCCAUGGGACCCCAGCUGACCUACACUUUGAUUCACGCUCCAUUCGAAACGUUAGCCAAGUGUGCAGAAACGAUGAUGCUCCGAGUGCCUAUACGAGAACCCGUCGAAGACACGAAACCGUCACGAAAUCGUAGUCCAGUUGUCAAAUCAUGGAACGUGUUCAGGAUUGGCAACCCUUCGGUGCGAGAGGAGAAACGUUACAUAAAUGCUUUCUUUAAACAAGACAAACUCGACAUGUACUUGUGUAAAGACAAGGAAAGAAUGUUUGACGGAGUUGACCGCAGUCGUAUGGUUUUCCGACUUCUUAAAUCGGCAUACUUCCACACGGAGCCAGAAGACUUCGGUAUUAGACGAUUACUUCACGAGAACAUUUACGACGACGCCUACAGCCUCCACGACGGCGAUGUCGAUAUCUUAUCGUUUGCCGACGAUCCUCCGAAGAAUGAUCGACAAAGACUCGUACGGGAUUGGGCUUCCUUUAGACGUUGGCAUAAGUAUCAACCGCUGAAUGCUAUCAAGAGUUACUUCGGGACAAGAGUAGCGAUGUAUUUUGCGUGGCUAGGGACAUACACUAUGAUGUUAGUAAGCGCUUCUAUCGUAGGUACAAUCUGCUUUCUCGGUGGAUUGAUUACAAUCAAUGACUUCAUUCCCGCACAGGAUGUCUGCAACAAGAACUAUAGUAAACUCUUCUACAUGUGUCCGCUGUGCGAUAAGAAUUGCAGUUUCUGGUCAUUGACGACGAGUUGCAAGUACGCGCGCUAUUCCCACGCGUUUGAUUAUCAGGGAACAGUUUUCUUUGCUGUCUUCAUGUCGUUUUGGUGUGUGGUAUUUUUGGAAAUUUGGAAGAGAAAACAGAUCAGUCUAGCCUAUGAAUGGGACAUGAUGCACUUUGAAGAGGAUUUCGAGCCACCAAGACCAGCGUUCAUCGCGACCGUCAAAGAAAAGCGUCCCAACCCAGUGACUGGUAUAAUGGAGCCGUACAUACCACGAAUGGUCAGGACAGGGCGAUACGUAGUAGCAACGGUUGCUAUCACUAUGAUGAUCUUGCUGGCGCUUGCUUCUGUGUUUGGCGUGGUGUUGUACAGAGGGAUCGUAAUCGCGGUCAUGGCAGCAAGUCCUAGUAAGAAUCUACAAGGCAGUGGACGAAUCUAUACUUCCUUGACAUCUGCACUGUUGAAUUUACUGUCUAUUAAUGUGUUAAGCAAGCUUUACACUAAACUGGCUUUCGCGCUGACCAACUGGGAAAACCCCCGCACAAGAACAGAAUACAAUAACAUCCUAACAGUCAAGAUGUUCCUCUUCCAAGCCGUCAACAUGUACUCUUCAUUUUUCUACAUCGCUUUCUUCAAAAGCAACUUCGUGACAGGAAUCCCUGGUCACUUCCAUAGAAUAGCUGGAGUGAGGAUGGAAGGAUGUGACCCGUCGGGCUGUUUUAUGGAGCUCUGUAUUCAACUGGCUAUUUUACUCGGUGGAAACCAGUUAAAAAGUCAAAUCCACGAAAUUUUAAUCCCUACCGUGAAGCGUUUAUGGAACAAGAAAUCUCGAAGCAAGAUGGCCGACUUGGUAUCAACAGACAGCGGCUCUGCUUAUCCUCAGUGGGAAAGAGAUUAUCUUCUAUCAGAGGAACCUGAUUUUAGAAUGUUCGAGGAGUAUCUGGAAAUGGUUCUUCAGUUUGGUUUUGUUACCAUGUUCGUGGCCGCUUUCCCAUUGGCUCCUCUGUUAGCGCUCUUCAACAACAUACUGGAAAUACGAUCAGAUGCGAUCAACUUUACGGUAAACUACCGCCGACCGACUGCACAGCGGGCUCAGGAUAUUGGAGCGUGGUUCGAUGUUCUCAGUUCUAUCGCUACAGCAGCUGUUAUUUUGAAUUCGUUUCUUAUUGCGUUUACCUCGGAGUUUAUACCAAGGGAGGUGUACAAAUACGUGUUUAGUCCAGACGGUAGUUUACGGGGUUACGUGAACAACAGUCUGUCAUACUUCAAUGUCAAAGACCUCGAGAUCCAACCUUCCGAUCCAUUUAGGAACCUACCCUACAACAGGACACAUUGCAGAUUCAAAGACUAUUUUUCUCCACAUCCGCCUUAUGAUUACACUCUCCAGUACUACUAUGUGUUAGCGGCUCGUCUGGCUUUUGUCGUAGUGUUUAAUGGAGUUGUCUUCUUCGUCGUCAAAGUUUUAGCUUGGCUUAUCCCGGAUGUACCAUAUUUACUCGAUAUCAAGAUAAAGAGAGAAGAAUAUCUGGCACGAGAGAGCCUGGUGAGGAGUGAAAUGAAAGACUCCGCUGACCAACCAAACAUGGCGGUUUGAAAUAAUGAUUUAAAUAAACGUUGAAGAAG